UUUUAUUUUGUAAAAGAAUAACGAUCCAAUCAAAGUUACGAAAACGUCUCAUUCAUGAUGUUGUUUUAUAAUUCAGGGAAAUGACGAUUGUUUUUGUUUAAAUACAAUAUUGCAGUGAAGCUUUUUAUUUGUUGUGCGGUGAGUAUUCCAAUUGAAACUUUAGGCUGGACCAUAUUGAGAGCCAAUAACUCCUUGUUUAUAGUAUUCCAUGUGACUACGUCUACCAGGGAGUUAUUUUUGAUUGACGACGACACAGGAAUGACUGGGUAAGGAUUUUACCAAGGCUACAGCACAGCGCUGGGUCAGAAUGCCACAGGUUACAAAUCUCCGGCUCAUACGGGAUAAAAACAAUUCCCCUAUAGGGAAGGGAACCCUACAUAACGCAUUGGUCAAUAUAUCAACCUCCAUCCGUGACAGAGCAGUUAAACUGAACGCUCUAGAAAACGACAGAUUGAAACGCAUCAAUAGAAUGUAUGACAAGAGUAGACGUCAUAGUGAAUAUUUAUCUGCCCAGGUCCUACAGAGAACGCAAAAAUCGCUGCAGGACCUCAACGCAUAUCAGUAUGUACUCAACAACGAAUACAGGGUAUCCCAAUUCAAGACCAUGGAUCCAAGAUUCACCCGGGAAUGUGCUCAAACACCGCGUACCACUCGGCGGUAUAAUCUGGAGACUAGGAUAUAUAAUACCGGCUACGGUAUGAAGUCAUUCAGACCGGAAAUAAAUAGACGAAUUCGCCAAACUGAUCCAGCUCGAGUAACCAAAAUAUUUAAAAAGGUUUUACUUGAGAAAUUUAAAAACGAAAGUGACUUGGUUAUUAAUCGCAAGAUAUCCCAUUCUGGAUUUUAUAGAAUGUUGGAGGAUAGAAAUAAUUUGAAAGACUAUACUUAUCACCGAUUGAAAAGCAGUGUACGAUUUGAUGACGAACUUAACUCCCAGAUUGACCCAAAAGAACUGGAACCCGAAGUGAAUGAGGAUAAACAAGACUGAAGCAUGACCUUCAUGUUAAUGUAAAUCUUCCUAUACAUCAGCCAGAUUUGUAUCUCUGGUCAUACACAUCUGAUCGUGGUCAGUUUUGUAUCUCUGGUCAAACAUAUCUUAUUGUAGUCAGUUUAUAUCUCUAGUCAUACAUAUCUGAUCGUAGUCAGUUUUGUAUCUCUGGUCAAACAUAUCUUAUUGUAGUCAGUUUUGUAUCUCUGGUCAUACACAUCUGAUCGUGGUCAGUUUUGUA